AUGGAUGGCCCGCUGCUGAAGCAGUGCCGUAAGCAGCCCAAGUGCCGGCACUUUGUGCUCUUCAACGAUGCCCUGGUCUAUGGAACCAUCAUCUCCGGGCGCGGAGGCACCAUCACCGGGCAGGCAGGGCCAUCGGAGCUGGGAGCCGAUGGCGCUGGCAAGGCCCAUGCCCCCCCUGCCAGCACGCCCCUCCUUCCACUGCGCUGCGUCAACGGGGUCCUCCUGUCGUACCAUGCGAUGGUCGUCAAGCCGGUGACUGGCCACGCCGAUUUGCAAUUCGGCUUCCAAAUCAGCACCCCCGGGCGAUCCUUCCAGGUCUUCUGCGCCUCGGCCGACGAGCGAGACGCCUGGCUCGGGGCCCUGACGCAUUUCACCCUUCCGGAGCGCAUGGGCGGUUCGGUGUCCCUCGCCGCGGUGUGGGUGCCCGACAAGCUGGCCGGCAACUGCAUGGUCUGUCGAACCACGCGCUUCACUCUCUUUCGUCGGCGGCACCACUGCCGGAAGUGCGGUCGGGUUGUGUGUGGCCCCUGCUCGCCGCACCGGUUUUACCUGCCGGGCUUUGGGAACUCGCCGCAGCGGAUAUGCGAUCUUUGCAUUGGCCUGCUAAGCACCCGGCACAUCACCAUCACCACACUUAGCGGCGACCUGCCAGCCACCGACGGGCAGUCCGACUGCCUGGACACCCGGCACGCCGCGUCGGAGGCCUUCCAUCUGGCCUUCGAGGACGAUGGCACUUCCUCUGACGGAGAUAGCGCCGAUGAUGACGACGAUGACGACGACAACACCAACAACUACACCCGUGGCCAUGACAACGGCCAUGGUCCGGGCGGCGACCACGAGCCCGAUGGACACAAUGACGACACAGUCUCCCUAUCCCCCGACCGCAUGCCCGACGGGGGGCAACACAAGGGGCAAAGGGAGGACAACACGCACCUUGUAUGCUUCCAGCAUCCCCGCCCGGCGGCGACCGCCACCGCCAUCCCCGACGGCCACCAUCAGCCAUAG